UCACUUGACUCUGUCUCCUGGACAACCGGGUAAGAGAGGAGGGGAGGGUGCACGAAAGAGGGAAAGGACCAGGGAGCGUAAAAGGAGAGGAAAACAACACAUUAUUAACUGCUUAGAUUAGAGGAUUCCUUUAGAGUGUGUGUGGGGAGGGAAGUAGAUUUUUGUGUGUCAAUCUCUUGUGAGGGUUCCCUUGGUGUCUCUCGUGAUGAGUUAUUAACUAUGACAAUAAAGCAGUAAAUCAUUUUCUUUCCCCACACCAGAGCAUGGACGGGAUGAAAUUGCAGAGCACAAGUUCAGCACAUUACAAGUGGACCCAGUAGGCCUGAACGCUUCACCUGUAAUUCUCGUCUCAUCAGCCUCAGGUGCCAGCAUGGAUGUGGAGGAUGAGCCACUGCUGUUUCAAACCAGCUGGGGAGGGGAGGAAGAGGAGGAGCAGGAGGAGGAGCAGGAGGAAGAAGAUGGAGUAGCACACGCAGCUGGACAGAGCUGUUUCUCUGGGGAGGCUGGGGUGUGUGGGCUGUGGAGAGCAGUGGGGUGGGUGUACACACAGCCCUGUGCCAGUGGAAUGGUUUUAGGGGUAGUUGUCCUGCUACCGUGCGCCCUGUUUGCCUACAUGCUCCUCUACUGCCCUCCUCUGGACAUAGACCUCUCCUACAGUGCCUUUGAGGUUCACAGUCACUUCUCUGCCGAGCGCUUCGAUGCCCUCGCCAUUGCUGUAAAGACUCAGCUUGGGUCCUGGGACAGACGCAGGCGAGACUUAGAUAACAGCGAGUCUGAGGCCCUGCGGGAGCUUCUGCUGGAGAGGCUGGGCAGACAGAGAGUGUUCAACAGGACAGAUAAUGAGGGUAUGAUGUCCUAUACUCCACAAAAUGAGCCUUUACAUGCAGGAGAAGAUCAGAAGAGUGGAGCGGCAGCGGGCAGAGAUAAAAGCACAGAGCCUGAUUUGGGUCAGAAGGAAAUAGAGAAGCACAAGAACUCAGAUCACAGAGCAGAUGAGAACGAGGAGAGAUCAUUGGAUGGAAAUUCCACUUUGCCGCUCAUUAGGAGGCGCAGGUAUACUCCCAACUAUUACUUGCAGAGCCAGGCUCUGUGGAGGAUCGAGCUGGUGUUUGUGGCUCAAGGGAAGGGCGACCGCAACAUCUUCACCCCAGAACGCCUGCAAACGAUUCACCACGUGGAGCGUCUGCUCAUGCAGCACCCACAGUUUCAUCAGUUCUGCUGGAAGCCUCUGGAGAUGUUGAGGGAUCUGCCACUGGGGCCGUCUUACUGCUCCCCACCCAGCUCACUCCUGUCUUACCUCUACCCCAGUGAGAGAGGAGGAAAGAUAUACUAUGAUGGCAUGGGCCCAGAUCUCGCUGAUAUUCAAGGUUCUCUGAGUCUGGCCAUCACCCACCCACAGUUCUACUGGUACGUGGAUGAGAGUCUGUCCCCUGAGCAUCUCUCCUCCUCUCUCUUACGCAGUGAGAUCCACUUCGGAGCGCCUCUACCUUCUUACUACUCCCUGCAGGACCGAGCUGAUGAGCAAAGAUCUCGCUUCAAAAACUUUGUGGUUCAGUAUGCAGACAUCCUGGCCAAGCAAUCUACCAGCCAGGUGAAGGUGCUUUAUGGGGGAACAGAGCUGUUUGAUGAUGAGGUGAGACACACCUUCCACAAUGAUAUGAUGCUGGCUGUCAUCAGUGGAGCCUGCAUUACUGUGCUCGUCUAUGUCCUUACCUCCUUUUCCGUGUUUCUCACAUUCUUCGGACUCGCCAGCAUCGGACUGAGCUGCUUGAUGGCUCUGUUCUUGUACCAUGUUGUGUUUGGCGUGAGGUACCUGGGCAUCCUCAAUGGAGUUGCAGCAUUUGUCAUUAUCGGUAUAGGGGUGGAUGAUGUAUUCGUGUUCAUCAGCACCUUCAGACAGGCUUCCCAUCUGCGUCAGCCGCGGCAACGGAUGAUCUACACAAUUAAAACAGCUGGCCGAGCUACUUUCCUCACCUCGUUCACCACUGCAGCUGCCUAUGCUGCUAACACCUUCUCUCAGAUCCCAGCCGUGCAUGACUUCGGCCUAUUCAUGGCACUCAUUGUCAGCUGCUGCUGGCUUUGGGUGUCUGUCCUGAUGCCAGCCGCCCUGUGUGUCUGGACUGAGUGUGUGGAGCCUCAGGAACAUGCCUGGUUGAAUUGCUGGAAGCUGUUUUCGGGCCUGUCAGCGAGCCACGGCCCUUUGUCAGAUGAGGAUGAUGAUGUGGCACUUCUGUCAGUGGAGAUGGAGCCAGGCUCCUGUGACACAGACAGCGAUGCAGCCAUUCUUUCCCUGUCAGUGGAGACACCUCUGUCCCCUCCGGGGCAGCAGCAUGUGGGUGUGGUGAGCACUAAUCUCCAGUGGGCCCUGAAGCAUUUAGUGGCAGAGCCAGCUGUGGAGCGUCGAAAAGCCGUUCUAGGUGUCUUCCUCCUGGUUCUGCUCUUAUCUGCCGGGUGCUGCUGUCUCCUGAGGCCGGCCACUCACGCCCCCCUUCUUUUCCGCCGGGACACAAACCUCCAGACUCUGCUGGCUCUGAGGAGCAACCUCAGUGGUCAAGGCAUCUCCUGCCCUAUGUGCUCAGGCGUGUUCAUGGAAAAGCCUCAUCCUUUGUACACCCACACUUCCUCAUCAGCAUUUAAGUUUUCUACACAUCAGCAGACCCCGAGCACAACGACCUCCACUGCUCCUCAGAGCUCAGUAAAACCAAAUUCAGGCACAAACCAAACAGGCUCCUUACUUACAGUGUACAUAUCAAAGUUGGACCUUGGAGCCUCUACAACCCUUUACCGCUUCUCACUUAACACCAGCACUCCCUCCCCAUGGAAGUUGUGCAGCACAGAUCAUGAAGAGGUGUCAUCCUUUCAGGCUUAUAAUCAUCCCUGCAGCAAUUACACCACCAGAAUGACAGUGUGUGUUUCCCAUGUGUACCACCCGUACCCCAGCUGGAUGAUCACAUCCACCUCAUGUGACCCCCGUCAUGGCUGGACGCCAGAGUUUUCCUUUUAUGCAGCAUCGUCUCCCCAGCAGCACAGCAGGAGACUGUACUUUGCCCAGCGCCGUCUGAGACCUCAUCCCAGCCGAGUGUGUGUCACCCCACCUGGCUGCAGCAUCAGUUCUGGGCCUGAUGGACCCACACAGGGGACCUUUUAUGCUCCUCUUCCCAGUGAUCCUUCAUCUGCUGCCAAAACGAAACCAUCCAAAACGUUUGGCUUCAACCCUUGCAGUGGCGGUGCAUGUGGCCACCCAGCAGUGCGGCCUCUGGUUGACACCGGGGCGAUGGUUUUUGUUGUGUUUGGCAUCUUGGGGGUCAACCGAACGGAACGCAGGGACAACCAUGUUAUUGGUGAUAUGGGCAGCAUUAUAUUGGAUCCAGACUUUGAUAUUUUCCAGGAAAUGGGACGUCUUUGUAAGAUCUGUAAAGCUAUUAGUGCAAACAGACAACUUGUGAAGCCAGGAGGAGCACAGUGUUUGCCUUCAGGCAACAAGCUGUCUUCUAUUCUGCCUCUGCUCCAUCCUGAGUGUCACUCUCUCCCUGAACCCAACCUGCUCCCAGGGCAGCUCUCCCACGGAGCGGUGGGAAUGCACGGAGGCAAGGUCCGCUGGCUGUCCAUGGCCUUUGAGUCUACCACAUACAAGGGGAAAUCCUCCUUUCAGACCUAUUCCGACUUCCUUCAGUGGGAGAACUUCAUCCAGGAGCAGCUCGCCUCCCUCCCGCAGUCCUCCGCUCUGCAACGGGGUUUCCAGACCUGCGAGCACUGGAAGCAGAUCUUCAUGGAGAUCAUAGGUGUGGAGAGUGCCCUCUGGAGUCUGCUGCUGUCUCUGGCCAUCUGUGUGGCAGCUGUGUCCGUGUUUACUGCACAUCCUCUGCUGCUGCUGCCAGUACUCAUAACCAUUCUGGGAGUGAUCUGUCUGGUGGUGGCAGUCAUGUAUUGGCUGGGCUGGGAGAUGGGAGCUGUGGAAGCGAUUUCUCUGUCUAUACUUGUGGGAUCUUCAGUGGAUUACUGUCUGCACCUGGUGGAGGGAUACCUGUUGGCUAGGGAGACGAUGCCCUCUACGCCUGGUCAUAGCUCGGAGCCUUCAGCCGAGAGGCAGAGGCGGACCCUGGAGGCAGUGAACCAUGUGGGCGUUGCCAUAGUGUCCAGCGCCGUCACCACGGUGAUCUCUACAGUCCCCCUCUUCUUCUGUGUUAUUGUGCCUUUUGCCAAGUUUGGCCAAAUAGUGGCCAUUAACACUGCCGUAUCCAUUUUGUUCACCCUGACCGUGACUGUCGCCAUGUUGGCGUCCAUGGCCCCUGCCCGUUUCAGCAGACCCCCUGGCGCUGUGCUGAAGGCCAUCCUGGCCGUGAUGGCGGCUGCAGCCUUGGGAGCGGCUGUGUGUUGGGUGGGAGGACAGCUGGGAACACUGGCCUGGCAAUCAAUCAGCACAUAAAACACAGCUGUCCACCAUCUCACUCUGAUGUCAGGCCGAGGAGUUCCUCUGUAUGCAAAAAUGAGAACUGUGAGCACUCAAUUUCCCUCCAAGCUCAGGAGGAAUAUCAGAUCAGUAAAUGAUCUUGUACUUUACAGCACAAAGAUGUCAGAAUCUACUCCAUAUUUAGAAGCUCUUUGUCAUCACCUUUUUUUUCACUUGUAUUGAUCAGUGGACUGUAAUUAUUACCCAUUGGGUACCUCUUCUAUAGUAUAAAUGACUAUGUGACUCACUGUAGUGGGUUGACCUUUCUGAGCUGACAUGAUGAUUCAGCUUAGGUAUUUGUUUUAAUUUGAUAUCGCCUUCAGCCUAGAGGUGGAGACGAUUGAGUAAUCAUUGGGAAACACUGGCUGAGUCACAGUUUUCAUCAGUGUAACUUAUUGAGUUGUGAAGAGCCGCUGACUGUUCUGUGACCCACUGUUGUGAACACCGCCGCACUCUGACGUCUGUAAAGAUUAGUGUUACUGGUUCACAUGAUUCACGGUUCUUAGUUGUACAAUGAAUGUGUGUUCAGCCACAUUUAUAACAAAGGUUAUGAUGUCCUAAUGUGGCUGGAUUAAAAGUUCUACUAGUCAAAUUUAUACUGUGCAGUUUUGUUAAAUGUAAUGUCCGAUGUAAAUGUUUGAGUAUGUUGCUCUCACAUUCUGAACUAAGCUGAUGCUGCCAGCACACACUUCACUCAGAGUUGUGUAUACCAACGCUUACAAUAUAUGAUUUCUGACCCUUUCACGUGUUUAUAUCUUAGAUCUCAAACUGCUUCAAGGUCUCUAUUUUUGUCAUCAGCACCAAUUGAAAGAGACCUCUUGACAGGUCCUCAGGUGUACCCUCCACACACCCUCCACCGCACUUUUAGGCACUCACUGUAACCAACUCUACCCCCUCCUCUGCUCUCACACAAUUCAGAGCACCACUCAUGCAGCCAUCGACACUGGCUCCAGUCUGCCCUGCAGUGAAGGUGAGGGCCAUUUGUCAAACCACAUAACACAAUAAUGGUUAGGGAGAGCAACCGACUCAAUUGCGACAAGAGCAGUAUAUUUCUGUUUUGUGUGUGUGUUA